GGCGACAAUAUCUAUUAAACCAACCACUGCGAAGAGAUACGUAAAUUCGGCGACCUCUCUGCACUCAGACUACUCAGCCGCAGCCAGAAUGGAGAUGCCUUUAAAAAGAGGCUGCGGUUGAGGCUGGUGAUACCGUCGUGCUACUCUCUCUCCAAUGUCAAUUUCCUCAACUACCUGUCUUGGAGAAUAGAGCACAAUGGGUCGAUCUUCGUCUUCAAAUAAUGGUUUUGUUGGGAAAAAUCACGAUCCUGAAAUGGGGGGAAUUGAGCCGACAAGUUUGAUCAAUGAUGUCGUUCAGAACUAUGCCUGGAGGAACAUGAACGUCCAAGUCAAAGACCGCGUGACUGGCGACGCGUUGUCCAUUCUUGCUGAUACCAAUGGAAUUGUCCAUGCCGGCGAAAUUAUUGCCAUCAUGGGCCCUAGUGGCUCAGGCAAAACAACUCUCUUAAAUGCGAUUGCCCACCGUGCAGCCGCAGCGAAAGCGACAACGACUGGUGAUCGCUUGGCAAACGGCCAGGUGGCAAACCUGCAGCGGAUUCGAGACUUGUCCAGUUAUGUCGAGCAGGAUGAUGCUCUUAUUGGUAGCUUGACUGUUCGGGAGACGGUCGAUUUUGCUGCUGGUCUGUCUUUGCCAAGUUCGUUCUCGAAGACAGCGAGGUUAAGAAGAGUCGACGAUCUCAUCGCAAGCUUUGGAUUGCAGGAUCAGUCACAGACAAUUGUUGGAACACCAAUCAAAAAAGGUCUCAGCGGUGGACAGAAGAAACGGCUGGGUGUUUGUAGUCGACUAGUCACCGACCCCAAGAUUCUCUUUCUUGACGAACCGACCAGUGGCUUGGAUUCAACACUCAGCUAUGAGGUGAUGAAUUAUAUCAAGAAGAUUGGCCGGGAAAAUAACCUUAUUAUCAUUGCUUCGAUUCAUCAACCAUCGACGGCCACUUUCACUCUAUUCGACAAAUUAUUUCUCCUAUCUCGAGGCAAGACAUGCUACUUCGGUUCGAUCUCAGAAGCGCGAGGGUACUUCGACCGGAUUGGAUACACAAUGCCCUCGGAGGUCAACCCAGCUGAAUUCUUCCUGGACCUAAUCAACACAGAUCUAGUCAAAGAAGGAGACGAUGUUGUCGCUCGUGUGAAGGACAUCACUGCCAAAUGGCUCGAAUCUAGCGAAGCAGCAAAUAUAAACCAAGAAAUCGACGCUGUUGUCGCGAAAGCACAUGUGCCAGGAUCUUCAGUCCCCCAGCUUUCAAGCAUCAAAGUUCAAAAGCCCGACAGCUGGACAAUUCCGUUGGUGCUUCUGCAACGCUCAUGGAUCAAAUCGUAUCGCGAUAUCGUGGCUUACGGCAUUCGAAUCAUCAUGUACCUAGGCUUAGCCAUUUUGAUGGGCACAGUUUUCCUGCGAUUUAGUCCUACUCAGGAGUACAUCCAAUCGUACAUCAACGCUAUUUUUUUCAGCUCUGCCUUUAUGUCCUUCAUGGCGGUAGCAUAUGUGCCUGCUUACCUGGAAGACCAAGCUACCUUCGUCAAGGAACGAGCAAACGGCAUCGUCGGCCCAUUCUCCUUCAUGUUAUCCAACUUCAUCAUCGGCUUACCAUUUUUGUUCCUCAUAACUCUGCUUUUCUCUGUAGUGGAAUACUGGCUGACUGGGUUUCGAGCAAGCGGCACUGGAUUCAUGACUUUCAUCAUGUGGCUCUUCUUGGAUCUGGUUGCAGCUGAGUCCUUGGUCGUACUAGUAUCCUCGGUUUUUCCGGUAUUUGUCGUGGCUCUAGCAGUCACUGCGUUUUCAAAUGGGCUAUGGAUGUGCGUGAAUGGAUUCUUAGUACCCAUCACAAUUUUGAAUGUGUUCUGGAAGUACGUCUUUCACUACAUUGACUACCAGGCAUAUGUCUUCCAAGGCAUGAUGGUCAAUGAAUUCAAAUACCGCACGUACUCAUGCGCUACGAGUGGGGAGGGUCAGUAUCAGUGCUCAUACCCGAGUAGUUUGAACUCCGGAGGGCUGGUUGCUGGAGUCGAUGUGCUGAGGACGUACGACAUUAACCCUAAUGUGCAGGGGAUGUGGGUGGGCAUUAUGGUUGCAAUUAUUGCAGUGUAUCGCUUGCUUGGCUACCUGGCGUUACGGUUCAAGCUCUAAUUUGUUACUGAGCAAGGAUUCUUUUCUGUUUCUUUUCAUUAAUAGAAGAAGGUGGUUUGGGUCUUGACUCUUGAAGACUAGGAGUGAUUACAUAUGAGGACUAUAAAAACAAGUGAUAUAACUACUUACGUAGAGAAUGAUUUAAUUGGCAACUUUAAAAAAAAUCCCAACAAUUUACCUGAAUGUUUGUUCAAUAAAGUUGCUGAGAAUUGCACGGCGUGGGACAGCCAAAAGCAAAAUCUAAUUUUCCAGUCCCAUGACCCUCACAAAAUCAAUCAG